UAAUACAUCACCAAACGCAUCGAUUCACAAACACACUGUGAUUAAGUAACAGAUGACUUCGUCAGAUUUAGCAACGAACGCCCAAACACGAUAGCGAAACGUUGGAAAUAUAGGUCGAGCUGUUUAUUAUCCUAUAAGUUACUAGGUAGCGAACGCGUUUCAAUGGCAGGGGACGAAAGCGUCUUUCUGAGAGCGAAGGAUCGGAGUUAUAAGGGCCUGACAGAAGAUGAACAGAAGGAGUGGAGUGGGCCCUUUUACUUCAUCCAGGCUGCGGACCCCCAGCUUGGCCUGAUGAAGGCGUGGAGGAUUGGUGACUGUGAUUCAGGAGGGGAUGAGAAUAUUUUUCUUACACAAACGCAAAGAUGUCCGUUCAGAGAAGAACAGGUUAAGGACCUCAAAGAAGCACUGAGAGGAAGUGACCCCGACAUUCCUCUAGUGUUCGUCAGUGGCAACCACGAUCUUGGCAACAUACCCACUCCGGAGAGCGUGGAGCAGUUCUGCCGUGACUGGGGCGAUGAUUAUUUUAGUUUUUGGGUGGGUGGGGUGUUGUGUUUGGUGUUGAACUCUCAGUUCUUCUUCGACUCAUCAGGCUGCCCUGAGUUAAUGGAGGCCCAUGAGGUCUGGCUGGAGAGCCAGCUGCAAAAAGCCAUCCAUACCCCCUCCCGCCACGUGCUUGUCUUCCAGCACAUUCCGCUCUUCCUCCAUAAACCUGACGAAGAGGAUGACUACUUCAACCUGCAGAAGGGAAUCAGAGAGCGCUUGAUCCAGAGAUUCAAACAAGCAGGGGUGAAAGCUGUGUUCUCCGGGCACUACCACAGAAAUGCAGGGGGCUGCUAUGAUGGGCUGGAUAUGGUGGUGAGCUCCGCUGUUGGUUGUCAGCUGGGAGAUGACUUUCAUGGCGUGCGAGUGGUAAUAGUUACUGAAGAUGACAUUAUCCAUCGCUACCAUAGUCUGGACCAAUUGACCGAAAGAGGAAUGGACGAAGACCUGAAGAAAUUGUUGGUUUGAAUCCACCUCCAGGUCACUAAACAUGUGAUUGUAUCUUCAUAUUCAGCGUUCAUUCUAGAAACUGAGCCGUUGUUUGUACAUUUAGAGCUUUCAGGUGUGUUUUUUACAGGAACGAAAAGAGCCUUACAUUCGGAAAACAUUAGUAAGCAUAAAAAAUUAGAACCAGUGGCUCUUUUGAUCUUUGAUACUCACAUCAUCUGUCUCCAUACUUUAAUCAUGCAAAUGCGUCUGAGAAUUCCUUAAACACUGAAGUUAAAUCACUGAAGUUAAAUCAUACUAAUGGAGUGAGGGGAUGCUAGGGUACAAUGGUAGUUUAAUAAUGCUGAACAUUUUGGAUGACAGUUUGAUGAGU